CAGGCUCAUUGGUAUGUGUCAAAGCACGAUCGCUUUUCGUGCGUGACAUUGGCGAAAAGUCCCUUUUCCCUUGCAAAAUAACUUCUAAAGUUAACAAUGGCAGAGGAAGCGAAGCCAGAUAGAGUCGUCAUUAUAGCUGUGGACGGCAGUGACCAUGCUUGGAGGGCUUUUGAAUUCUAUAUCAGUGCCAUUCACCAAUAUGGGGACAAGGCGAUUCUUCUUCAUGCAUUUGAGCUUCCUCCUCUACCAUACUCCUCUGGGCCAUGCUGUAAGAAAGCGCUUCAGCGAACAGAAGAAGGGGAGGGAGAAUUAGAUGAUGUUGUGUUUGCAUACUAUGAGGAAUGGAGUGCAAUGGUUAAGGAGACACGGGAGCAACAUGAGGCCAUGUUAAGAAGUUAUGAAGACAUAUGUAAAGAUAAGAAACUGCACUAUGAGAUCAUGAUGGUAGUAGGUAAACCUGCAGGAGAUGUCAUCUGCCAGGUGGCACGCGAUGUAUCCGCAAAUUUGAUUGUGCUUGGGACCAGGGGUCAGGGCAUGAUUCGGCGGACAAUUCUUGGCAGUGUGAGUGAUUACGUUGUUCAUCAUUCGCACUUACCUGUUGCAGUUAUACCUGCCCCCCAAGAGCCGGAGCAGCAGGCCUAGCCUACAUAGAUAUUAGAGCCAUUGCAUCCCACUUAUGUGUAUAUCUAUACUUUAUGGCUUGUCAAACAUGUCUAUAUAUAGUCUCAUGUACUAUAAGCUAGUGUGCCAAUACUAGGCCUACAACCAAAGAAAACCAAAAAAAAUAAAA